CCCCCUUUUUCGCCGCAGAGAAACAGAAGAGAACCAGGUGUGUGUUGUUUUGAUUGUGCGUUCGGUUCUCCGUCUUGGAGUCGUUAUCAGCAUCGACUAGGAGCGGAUGAGCCCUGAUGCGGUGAUAAGGGCGGCAGGAUGACCCUGACGAGCGUCAGCAGAUCACGUGGUGUGCGAUAAGGAGUCGUGAUAACAUGGCCGUCUUCUGACAUGCAGAACAACAACAAGGAGGCCUUCCAGCUGCUGCCCGCCUCCGCGGCCGCCUCCGACUCGGACUCGUCGCAGGUGGCCGAGUUCGCACUGCCUCCGGCCCCCAGGACCCGCAGAAAGGUCCGAAGACGAGUCAGGAGUCGAGGGUCAAGAGAGCCCGGUAGCAUUUGCUGCUGUGCGUCUCCCGCAGGUCGAGGAUGGCCCGUGGCUCUCGGUGUCUGUCUGGGCGUGGGAUGGAUGCUGGCGAUCUCGUGGGUGGCCCUGGUCGCCCACGGGGAUGUCGCCAAUCUUGACGUCAAGUUCAAAUCAGUGUCUUCUAGUUGUGAUGGGGUGAGCAACGAUUUGUUCCAAUGCAGAUCAAGUUCGAGGCAACUGCAGCUCAACCAAACUCACUUAGCAGCCAGAAUUGAAAAUAUCACGGCCUUUCUGGCAAAUAUGUCCAACCAGCUUAACAGCGUCUCAGAAGGUCUCCAAGAAGUUCAAAAGAGGGUUCAGGAGGCGCCCCAGUUGAUGACCAUUCCGAAAGACCUGAAAGAUCUGUCCAACAGUGUGGCUGACCUUGGUAGUCAGAUUGGUGAGAUGAAAUCCACAUCGAAACAGCUACAGCAGCAGACUGGAGUCAUUACGUCCAACCUAACUCAUUUAGAGACAUUUAUUAGUGAGGUGAACAGCACUUUGCAGAGUCGGCAGUUGGUAGGCGCUUCGAAGGCUGGCAGAGAGGCAGAAAAGUCCAAAUUAGAGGAGCAGGAAAAGUGGGCUAGAGAUUUGGCUACUCUGACAAAGAACGUCUCGCAGAUAAACGCCAGUCUGAGCAACAAGUUGGAGUGGAUAAAAGAUGACUUGAGCAAAGAUCAUAAACUGAUUGAAGCUCUGCAAGACCUGGGUCAAAAUCUGAGCGCCAAAGUCACCACGUUGGACGCAAACAGUAACCAAAUGAGUGACCAGCAGAAGCACAACAUGGCUACAUUUAACACCCAGCUGGCUGGGACCACAAGUCAACUGUCGGAGUUUGAUACAAAAGUUGGUAGACUGCAGGAGCAGUACCGAGUGCUGCUGACAAAGCAAGAAUAUGUCCUAAACAGGCUGGACCGCCUGGACGCCCAGCCAGCCAGCCCUCUUCCUUCCUCCACUGAGUCUGUUGUUUCAGUAUCCAAAUCUCCAGUUUCUUCGGCUUUGCCCUCUACAGAGAAAGCCAAGGACAGUCCAGCAGUGCCAUAAAGAUCCUUGACUAUCAUAUUUGGUCGAUUUUUCAGCAGGGUGCAUCUCGGGAUUAACAAAAUGCUUGCAUUUAAUUAAUUAUGGAUUGUUUGUCAGCUUGAUUCUCAUUCAGAACUUAGCACUCGACGAGUGUUUUUGUGACCCUGCCCUACUUAACCAAAGGACUUAUCUCUAACCUCCCAGUUAGUGAUCUUUAGAUUUGUCUUUGUUUGUGUCCAUUGGAGCUCUGGACAACCCCAUGCAACACGAUAAAACAAAAGACAGUUUUAAAAUCGUGUAUUCUAUAUCAAGUCAUUUGAAAUUUUAAUCUAGACUUAUUAACGACUGUUGAUUAAUAAAUUUUAGAAACAACGAAAUAUAUUGU